UGACAUCCAGAAAAUCCAUCCAAAUCUCUAAACUCUGUCUUGGACAGAUUAAACCCAACCAAAGCAAUUCAAUUUUAAACGAUCUUCAGUUCGCUUCGGGCUCCCAGUCUCCCAGAUACAUAGAAAACUGACGAACUCAGAAUUUUUCUCUGGUUUUCACUCAAUGCAUUGGCGCCUUGAAAUCCCAAUUGAUGGUUGUUUUAAGCAACUAGUUCAAGAGGUUAUUAGCAUAAGUCAUUUCAACGAGGCGAUGAUUUGAGUAAUGAAGAAGCUCCAAUACGCCAUACAAAGCUUGAAAACCAUAACCAAAAGCGCUCCCCGAAAUCUCCUUGAAUACAACCGAUUGCUUGCAGAGCUCAAGCGAUCAAGUCGCUACUUCGACGCUUUGCAACUCUUCACUCAAAUCCAUUCAUCUCAUUGCUUCACCAUCAGGCCCGACCACUACAAUCUCUCCACUGCACUUGCCGUUUGUGCCAACUUUCGCGACAUUGCCUUCGGGUCUCAGCUCCAUAGUUACGCUGUUCGAUCUGGGCUCAAAUUCUACCCUCAUGUCGCCAAUACCAUUCUUUCGCUUUAUGCAAAAACAGAGGAUUUAGAGUCUUUGAAAAAGGGUUUCCAAGAGAUUGAGAACCCAGAUGUUUAUUCUUGGACUACGUUGUUGUCAGCUUCUACAAAAUUGGGUCAUAUUGAAUAUGCAGAUGAGGUGUUUGAUAUAAUGCCAAAGGGUCAUAUUGAAUAUACGGAUGAGGUGUUUGAUAAAAUGCCUAAGGGUAAUGUUGCGUGUUGGAAUGCUGUGAUAACUGGGUGUGCGGAAAGUGGACGUGAUUGGGUUGCCAUUAGCAUCUUUUAUGAAAUGCACAAAAUGGGCGUUAAGCCUGAUAAGUACUCUUUUGCUUGUAUCUUGAGUUUGUGUACCAAGCAAGUUGAAGAUUUGGGAAGACAGGUGCAUUCUUUGGUGAUUAAGGCUGGAUAUCUUAGCAAAGCUUCUGUGAUUAACGCUUUGAUUACUAUGUAUUUCUGUAGUGGCAACCACGAGGAUGCCUUUGAGGUUUUUGAGGGAACUGAAGCUGUGUUUCAUGAUCAGAUUACAUAUAACGUAAUGAUAGACGGCUUAGUCUGCGUAGGAAGGGAUGAAGAGGCCUUGAUCAUGUUCAAAGAUAUGCAAAGGGCAUGUCUAAGUCCUACUGAGCUUACCUUGGUGAGCAUUAUGAGCUCAUGUUCAUUUGUACGAGUUGCCCAACAAGUGCACUCCCAUGCAAUUAAGCUAGGCUUUGAAUCUUUUACUUCAGUAGCAAAUUCGGCCAUAACCAUGUACUCUUCUUGUGGGGAGUUUCAGGCAGCCAAUGCAGUUUUUCAGACUCUGAGAGACAAGGAUCUCAUCUCAUGGAAUGCCAUGAUCUCCAGCCAUGUCCGAGGAAAUUUUGGAAAAUCAGCUGUUCUUACUUUUCUACAAAUGCAGAGGACUGGAAUUGGGCCAGAUGAGUUCACGUUUGGAAGCUUAUUAGGAGUUUCAGAGUUCAUCGACAUAGUGGAUAUGGCUCACGCCUUUGUAUAUAAAAACGGGUUGAUCCUCGUAAUUGAAACUUUGAACGCGUUAGUUUCUUCAUACUCGAAGUGUGGAAAGAUUACACAGGCUCAUCAAGUCUUCAGUGGAAUCAAUCCAAAAAAUUUAAUCUCUUGGAAUACAGUCAUUUAUGGAUUUUUGUUAAAUGGUCUUCCAUUGCAAGCAUUGGAGCAUUUUUCUGAACUUAUAAUGUCGAAGCUCAAGCCUAGCACGUUUACACUCAGCAUUGUCCUAAGCAUUUGUUCAAACAUUUCAACCUUGGACAUUGGGAAACAGAUUCAUGGUUACAUUCUCAGAUCGGGUAACUUCUCAGAAACUUCUGUAUGCAAUGGCCUUAUAACAAUGUAUUCUAAAUGUGGGUUGUUAGAUUGGUCUCUGAGAGUUUUUAAUGUCAUGAUCAAAAGGGAUAUUAUAUCUUGGAAUUCUGUAAUAUCUGCUUAUGCACAACAUGGGCAGGGGAAGGAAGCUGUGCGCUGUUUCAAGGCUAUGCAAGACAUGUCCCCAUUUAUGCCUGAUCAAGCCACAUUCACUACUGUUCUUUCAGCUUGCAGCCACGCAGGAUUAGUUGAUGAAGCCGGUCAGAUUUUCGAGGCGAUGUUGACAUAUUAUCACGUUGUUCCUAGUGUGGAUCAGUUAUGUUGCAUCGUCGACCUUCUAGGUCGUUCGGGGUAUAUUGAUCAGGCUGAAAGUGCAAUAGAAAGUGCGCAAUAUGGAGAGCAUACACAGGUCUGGUGGGCAUUAUUUAGUGCUUGUGCAGCUCAUGGAAACUUAAGGUUAGGAAGAAGUGUUGCGGGAAUCCUUUUAGAGAAAGAACGUGAUAAUCCAUCGGUGUAUGUGGUUCUGUCAAAUAUAUAUGCCACUGCUGGGUGUUGGCAAGAAGCAGCCAACGUGAGGGAAUUGAUUAAGAAAACUGGUGCAAUCAAACAACCAGGCUGCAGUUGGAUCAGCUAAGAGCUGAGGGAAGAUCACAAUCGAAUCAUCUGCAAAUAGGAAAGUGCUCAUUCGGCUUGAAGUUGUGGAGAUCAUGCCUGAGAAUCGAGUGCCAUCACUACAUCGUGUAUAUUGAGCGAUCAGUGAGAUCGACGAUGAAGGCCUCGGGCUAGACGCUUUGGGCAGCUGAAACUCUAAACUACUCUUCCUAUACGUGGUAAUCAUGGUAAUCAUGUCCAAACGCAAAGAUGAGAAAGACCUCACCGCAUUUUUUGUUUGCAGUCUCGCCAAGGGAAAAGACCCUCCUGCUAAUGAGUGUGUUAGAGAAUGUUGAGUCCAAAUUUCAAGUCCCACUGACCGGCUUAACCUAUGUAGGAACAGAUAGAUGUGGUUCAAGAAGACCUGUGCAACAAGAUGAGUCGAGCCCACGACCACCUGUUCCAGUCUUGUAAUAGCCCAAGCCCACCGCUAGCAGAUAUUGUUCUCUUUGGGCUUUCCCUUUUGGCUUCCCCUCAAGGCUUUA